AUGCAUGGUUUUGUGCAACAUCAAUCUUUUUUUGAGAGUAGCGUAGCUAAAUGUCGUUCGGCUGGAAUCAAAGUAAUUAUGGUAACCGGUGAUCAUCCAAUCACGGCUAAAGCUAUUGCACGCGCUGUGGGGAUCAUUUCGACAGACACAGAAACAGUGGAAGAGAUCGCUGAACGUUUGGGCAUUCCUCAAGAACAAGUCAAUCCACAUGAAGCUAGAGCAUGUAUUAUUCAUGGUGGUGAUCUCAAGAAUAUGUCACCAGCUGAAAUCGACGUACUUUUGAGAAAUCAUACAGAUAUUGUUUUUGCACGAAUAUCUCCUCAACAAAAACUCAUUGUUGUUGAAAGUGAGCAUGAUAUUAUCAACAGAGAGAUACUACGAUCAAUACUCUGCUUAGGUUGUCAACGACAAGGUGCUAUUGUGACUAUGGUAGGCGACGGCGUUUCCGAUUCACCAGCUCUGCAAAAAGCCGAUAUCAAUUGA